UUUCUAAAACCCCUUCCUAAAUUCCAAGCAUUCUGACAUUGAAUGCAUAGCUCCUUCAUCCUACUACCUUGUCAGGUACGCGCGGUAGCUCUCAGGCUGCUGCUCAGUGACAUUCUCUUUUUGUAAUCGACGGUAUCGGCGGCCUGCUAGGUAUUCUCGCUUGUUUGCAUCUAGCGCCGCUUGCUUCCCGACGUCUUCGAUUCCAGAGUGUGAGUGGUGAGGUCAGGACUCAGCAGUGUCAGAACCAGAGAUCCCACGGGAGAAGAUGGUGGACGAGAUUGAGACCGAGGAGCGCAAGGAGCUCGACCUCACUUCCUCCGAUGUCGUCACCAAAUACAAGGCCGCUGCGGAGAUCGCCAACAAGGCAAUUGCGACUGUGGCAGCACAGGCUAAGGCGGGAGCCAAGGUGCUAGAUCUAUGCGAACUUGGAGACAAGACAAUCAACGAGUUAUCUCAGGGCGUGUUCAAGAACGCGAAGAAGAAGAUAGAGCGUGGAGUAGCCUUCCCCACGUGCGUCUCCGUCAACAACAUCGUCUGCCAUUACUCCGCCGCAGCUGGCGACGAGGCCGCCCUCUCUAACGGCGACGUUGUCAAAAUCGACCUGGCGGCGCACAUCGACGGGUUCAUCGCGUCGGCGGCGAACACGGUGGUGGUGCAGGAGGACGCGGCGGCGCCGGUCACGGGCAAGGUUGCCGAUGUCAUCGCCGCCGCCAACACCGCCGCAGAGGUCGCGUUGCGGCUCGUCCGACCGGGCAAGCACAACAAGGAGGUGGCGGAAGCUCUGCAGAAGGUGGCGGAGGCGUACGGCGUGCACGUGGUGGAAGGUGUCCUCUCGCACCAGAUGAAGCAGUUCGUGAUCGACGCCAACAAGGUCGUGCUGUCCGUGUCGUCGCCCGAGAUGCGCGUGGAGGACUUCGAGUUCGAGGCCAAUGAGGUGUACGCCGUCGACAUCGUCAUGAGCAGCGGCGAAGGCAAGCCGAAGCUGGUGGACGAGAAGCAGACGAUGGUGUACAAGCGCGCGGUGGACAAGGCGUACAGCCUCAAGCUCAAGGCGUCGCGCGCCAUCUUCAGCGAGAUCAACCAGAAGUUCGCCAUCAUGCCCUUCACUGCGCGUGCGCUGGAGACCAAGGCAGCGCGGUUGGGAUUGGUGGAGUGCGUCAACCACGACCUGCUGCAACCCUACCCCGUGCUGCAUGAGAAGCCAGGCGACAUCGUGGCGCACAUCAAGUUCACGGUGCUGCUCAUGCCCAAUGGCUCGGACCGCAUCACGUCGGCCUCAAUCCAAACACUGCAGCCCGCCACGGAGCUGCAAGAUGCAGACGUCAAGGCGUGGCUCGCCAUGAGCUACAAGACCAAGAAGAAGCCCGCGUCCAAGAAGAAGGCUGAGGGUGCUAAGGAGGCAGAAGAGGCAAAACCAGCUGAAGCCUCAGCAUAGAGCCUGAAGAGGCUUGCCUAGUUUUGUUGAACAGAUAUAAGGGCUUGGGGGAGCACUCAGCAUGAGUGCUCCGUCUUUGGCCAUUGUGUGUUUUGGGCAUUGGCAACUGGUCCACCGUGGGAUGCUUGGUGUUGGUGAAACAAGACGUAGUAGGUAUCCUGAGAAGGUUCUAACCUAUCGUUCUCCCACA